AUGGAGCCCAACGUGGUGAUGACCCGCACGUUCUCAAAGGUCUACGGGCUUGCGGAGCUCAGCUCGGCUGGGCCUACGCGCCGCCCGCCAUUAUCGACGUGCUGCACCGCAUUCGCGGCCCCCUUCAACGCAACGCCAAACGCCGCGGCGCUCGCUGCGGCGCUCGCCGCGCUGGAGGAUCAGGAUCACAUCGUCCGCUCCUGCCGGCAUAACGAGGCAUGCCGCGAUGCGCUCGCCGCCAGGCUCGACGCCGCCGGGCUCCCAGGUCCGUUACCCAGCGUCUGCAACUUCCUGCUGGUGCGCUUCGGACGAGCCAUGGCCGGGCGCUGCGGCGGCCGAUCGCUUUCUCAGCGAACGCGGGGGUCGGGCCCGUCGGAUGGAGCCUACCACCUCGCCGACUGCCUCAGAAUUACGGUCGGCCUGGAAGCGGAGAAUGAGGCCGUGGCCCAGGUGCUGGAGCCUUCAUGGCGGCGCCUGCGGCAGAGGCAGGCGGCGAACGGUGAGCGAGCCCGAGCCCUUCUCGCGCCGUCGCGCUGUCGGCCUCGGCCUGGUCAACUCCUCGCUCGCGCGGGUCUUGCGUGA